GAAUCAAAUCGGGGACAAGCUUACUCAAACUCAGUGCUUGCCAAUACAAGAGUAAUUUUCUCCUUAUUUGAAUCGUUCUGAGGCCUUUCCGCUUCAGAUCAAUAUCUUGUCAACCUCCCCGUUCAUGAUUGGCAAAACAAAAUCCUAGAGACAGUUGGGAUUUUUUCCCGCUCUUAAUUGAGCGACUCUGAAAUUCAGCCAAGAAGAAGAUCUACUAUGGAUGACAAUGUGAGACAAGCACUUUCUUACAUAUCAUUGGGCGAUCAAGAUCUCAGAAAACAGCGAACCGAAGAAGCUGUUAUCCAUUUCUGUAAGGCGUACGCUUUGGAGCCUGGUCUUGUGAAGGAUCAUAUGGUCGCUUUGCCACCAAACGCUUUACGUACGGUUCUAUGUACCUUAGAGGAUUGGUGCAUAUGUGGGGAUGAUUCUGGAAGUUUAUUAAAUUCGGGGCUCACAGUCUCUCUUGAUCAAAUUUGUGAUCUGAUUACUUCUAACGGUUUACGCCCGGACAGCCGUGUAGCGUGGUCCACAAAACUUCGACUGCAGAUGCGGAGCAAAAAAUAUUUUGAUGCCGUAACGACGUGUGCCGAUGCCGUGAAGAUAUUUUCCAAUCAGAUUGAUGUAGUUUUCUUUCUGGUUCAUCGCGCAAUGGCCUACAUUCUCCUGAAGGAAAAGAAGUUUGCUGUACAGGAUAUGAUCGUCGCGUGCGACAAAGAUUUUAAUGCUGGUUUAACCUGCAUUAAGGAAAUUGGGGUAAAACUCCUUCCAUCCGUUUUAGAAGCGCUCUAUGAGUUCAUUGCUUCUCUUGCUAAAAAGUCAAAAAACUUCAGCGAGGAGGAGAGAUUUUUGUUGAUCAAAACUGACCGCAUCGUUGUUGGGUUAAAUCCGGAAGAUUCGUCUACUAUCGGCGACUGUGCAAGUCAUAUGAUCAAACUAAAUCAACACAAGCAAGCUGUCGUCCUUUUGUCCGAUGGACUAGAUCACAUAACGUCACUAGGGAAAAGAGAAACGCCGGAGGUGGUGGAGCUGUUGCUUCAAAGGGCACAGUGCUACUUAGCUCUGGAGGAAAGCGAAUCUGCCUUAAAUGAUUAUCUUUGUGCGGCAGCCAUUGAUGAGGAUAUCACGCAGAUCACGAUACUUUCCUUGCCCCAUCAACAACAAGAUAACAUUACUGCUCUCGCUAAAAAGAUCUCAUCUGAGGUCUUAACCCGUUACCGCCUUAAAGUCAGAUUGAAAAGCCCAUGUGUAGUUGACGCCAAAAAUACCGCUGACAUCCUAGAUAGAGCAGCGCAAAUGUACAGGAUGUUGUAUCUCCUGGACAAUAACAACGUUGAUGCCUUAGUUAAUGCUGCGGAGUGCUUAAAGCUUCAAGACAAAGAUACUGCGGCAAUCAGCGCCCUUGACUUAGUACUUACGCUCCGCCCAAUGUGUUCCAAAGCCUAUUACACUCGUGCGUUUUGUCACAUGAAAACCGCUGACUUGAAUAACGCCUUUGCAGACUUUAACAUGACCCUCGACAUCCAGCCAAGUUUUGUCCAAGCGCUUUGUGGGCGCGCCUUUGUUUUGCUCUUGAGUGGAGAUCUUGGCAAGGCGGCUAAAGAUCUGACAGCAGCAAGCGGGAUCUCUAUUUGUGCCACAGUCACCUGGAUAAAAGAAUUACCCGACUGUGAGCAAGAAACACUGAAGAAUCAAAUCAAGGAAUACUUAGUAACGACCCCCAAGAAACACUCCCAGAGUCGAGGCUUGUGCGAGGACGACUCGCUCGUCACUUUAGGUAACGUGUUAACGCGCGCGUUUCCCACGGACUUCGAGUGUCAUCAUGUGUUUGUGGAAAUAUUACAGUCGCUGUGUAAGAUGGAUGAAGCGCAAGCAAUUCUUGUUCGCUUAAUUACAAACAAUCCCGAUGACUAUUUAGCAACGCUACAUCUUGCUGUAUUGAAAAUGAGGCGAAACAGAACAGCUGAUGCACUGGAAGACAUCUGUUCCCUUUUGAAAACGAUAGGAGAAGAGAAACUUGCAAGCGCAAUGUUGAGAUUAACUGACAAAGACCGUGCGCGUUUAACGCGCGAGUCGCAUUGCGAGGGCGUACAGAGAUUUAACGCUCACCUAGGAGAUGCAACAAUAGAAGGAUAUUUUUCCAUAGCCAUCGCCUCCUCUCCAAUCAAAGCCUUGGAAUCUUACGUGUGGCGAGCAAAGUGUAGAAUGUUGAAGGGUCAGCUCGAUUUGGCCAUCGCAGACCUGGAUUCAGUGCUUAUUAAAAAACCAAAUCAUGUUGAGGUGCUCUGUGUGAGAGGUCAUCUCUUUAUCCUGAAAAACAACCGGAAAGCGAGCUACAAUGACUUACUAUUGGCGUUACUUCUCAACUCUCAAGCACUUAAGACUUUCAUCCUUUCACUUCCUGAUAAUCAGAAGAAUCUUGUGGUGGGAACCCUUGAAGACUGUGUCCAAAUGCUGUUUUCUCAUUACCUGACACAAGGUUUCCGUUCCAAAUUUAUAUUGAAGCUCUGUGAUUUAUUGGUUCAAAUAAACAGUGACGUAGCUUCUUACCACAGCCUUUACGCCGACGGCCUCAUAAUCUUUGAAGAGUACCGAAAAGCCAUUGAGGAGCUCGACAUCACCAAACGACUGUCUUCCGAAGAUGUAUCGAUACUCAGCCGAAGUGGACUCGUCCACAUGAAACUCAAUGAAGUUGAAAUUUCGGCAGCAAAAUUUCGAGAACUGGCCGACAUCGAUCCUGAAGCCUUGAACUUCGCUGCCAAAGCAUUAAAUCAGGAGCAGAGAGAAAUCCUGUCUAAAGAAGCUAUGGAUAAGGCGAACUAUCAUACUAACGUCAAUCAAAAUGACAAUGCCUUGGGAUUCUUCACGGUUGCUGCCGCCGCGACGUGUGAUGGUCAGCUGAAGGAGAUUCUGCGCAUGCGUUCUAAAUGUUAUGAAAGGCUCAGGCGAUUUCCAGAAGCUAUCGAAGACCUGACGUCAGUCAUUCGAUCGGGCGCACCAGUCGUCGGAGAUCUUGUGGCACGCGGUAAUCUGCACUUGCUCGAUGAGAAUUACAAUGGCGCAUGUAAGGACUUCCUUGUUGCUAUGGAAACGCAAGAGGUGACAGCGAUGACACUUAUUUCGUCCUAUCCCGGAAGAGAAGUGGCAAUCAAAACUUUUCUCAAAGCUGCCUCAGCUCAUCAUAAAAAAUUGGCAGAUGGACUAAGGGUUUGCCUGUACGGACUGAAGUUUGAUCCAAACAACAUUGAGCUGAAAACACUAAAGCGAAACUUUGAAUUUGGUUUAAACAACAAGUGUUUUAUCCAAUAAAAAGAAGCCAAAUAGUUUAGUACGAAGAUUUCCAGCCACAUGGAAUGUCCUGAGAAAUUAAUUGAAUUCAUUGCUUGUGUUGAAUUGGAAAUUAGUUUUUUUUAAUUCUUUCCUUGUUUGCCUUACUUAAAAAUAUUUGCUUAGUUCUUUCGCGACGCCUAAAUAGGAAUGGUCACUGUUUCAACUUAAAAGCAUGAAAAUCAAGAUAGACUGUGACGUGGAAACAUUACAGCAUGUAGCUUGCAUUGUGAAAUUCAUUUUGAAAGUACCUUGUGUGAUAAAGUGGCAUUAAUAAUGCUAAAGCUUACUAGACAUAGAUCUGUUCCCUGAGCAUUCAGCUUAUUACGUUCCCAAAGUAUCGAUAUAGCCUUUCAUAGUUUUUG